AUGUCAAAGUUGGCAAGGUAUGUGCGCGAUGGAGAAGGAGGUAAACCUCUGUUUACACCGGUUAACCUCGUCAAGAAGUAUUGCGAACGCUGGCCAUCCUCUGGCGUAGACACCAUCUUCACCACAUCAGAGCAAUCCGUCUCAAAUCGCGUUAUCAAUUUAUUAUGCCGUAACAUGCAAUGCAUGGCUCAUAUAAGUGCCUCCAACUCUGUUUGGAGAGGCGAGAUUCCCCUUCUCAAGUUGCGAGUACCCAUCAGCUUUUCCUGA